AUGGCAUACAGUGAUAGAUCGAGCUACAAUUGCACCGUCGCCACGGCGGAACUUGCUGCCGGAGAAGGAUAUCGAUCAAUGGACGCUGCGCUGCCGCCCGUGCUAGAGGAGGAACCGCCAGCAAGGGACUGGUCGCUGCUGCCCCUCGACGUGCUCUCUUCCGUCUUCGUCAGGGUAGGCGCGGUCGACGUCCUCAUGGGCGCCGGCCUCAUGUGCCGCUCGUGGCUCCAGGCGGCGAUGGUGCCAGACGUGUGGCGUGUCGUGGACAUCGAGAGCCGUGAGCACAUCCUGUGGUCGAAGAAAUUCUGUACAGUGGACAUGAUGAUUAGGGCGGCCAUCGACCGUUCCGAUGGACAGCUUCAGGUGUUCGUCGGGAGGCUGUUUGGCUCCGUCGAGCUCGUCAAGUAUAUCGUGGAAAGGUCACCCUCGCUCAGGAAACUUCGGCUUGUAUUGUGCUUUAUCGACAUCUUCAUCAGACCACGCGUCCCCGUCGGUGUGCGACUCGCCAGUGUCAUAAGAGAGUCACCUCUAAGGGAGCUCCGUUGCCUUGAAUUUGAAAGCGGUGACCUCACUGCGGGAGAACUGACCGCCAUCCUUGAGAACUGUCCUGUCCUGGAGGUUCUUACGGUGCGCAAGAGCGUAUGGAUGAACGACGAAGAAGAGCAUGAACUGCGGGCGAGAUUUCACGGGAUCAAGACCAUGACGAUCGAGCGUCUUGAUUGCGGGGGUACUACUUAUUCUGAGAACGAUUACGGGUACAGUGACUACAUUGAUUAUUGA